AUGCCGGGGCCCUGGACAAGAUUCCGGAAGGACCCAGAUGCCUGGGCUUCCUGGAAUCCCCAACCUGGGGAUUAUGCCGAGGCACGUGUCUUCGACACGGGUGCCGCGGGCCAGUGGCUCAGUGUCGCGGUGUUCGCCGUGUCUGACGAGUACCUCCAAUGGUGGCUGGAUGCCGGCCCGGGGUAUGUCAACGAUCGGGACGACCCCGCCUUUGAGGGCUCCACCCUGGUGGAGACCGACGAAGCGAUGCUCAUGGGAAAGGGGAACGCCCAACCCGAGGGCGGUCACCAGACCGCGGACCCCGACAAGAAAGGCGACACCCUGAAGGGGGAGGACCCUGACCAGGAACCCGACUGGGGUGACGACGAUCCCCCCGAUCCGGACCCGGACCCGGGAGAUGACGAGGCCGACGAUCAAGAAGAGAGUUCGGAGGAGGAGGAAAAGGAGACGGACGACCUCGUCGCCGCCGAUCCUCCCUUCGAUUUCCAAGAGGACUAUAUACGCCACGAGGGGCUUCUGCUCCACAUCCAGAACCUCUUCCGCAAGGGGGUCAAGUGGAGGGAAGUUGCUGACUGGCUGUGCGCUAACUCGCGCGGACCCACCGCGAGGGACGGCCCCAGCGACAUCCUCCCGAUCUCCGUCUCCGCCGGCCUUCUUGAGCCUCGUGCCCGCGGGAUGGUCAAGGCCUACUUCAUGGUUAUAUCGGAAAGACAACGGACCGCGGUCCAGAGCCUUGCGGCCAUGAUGGCGGUGGACUUUGACUACGACGGCAAAGAGAUCCACCGCAUCACCGACAUCAACCCUGAGUUGGUGAUCGCCGCCUGGCCCAAGGAAGGAGAGGCAGCGGUGUGCCCCGCGACACACUUCAUAGAGGGUGACCUUCUCGAAGCCGUCCUCAACCCAAAGAGGCAUUGGCGGGAGGCGGCCGAGCAACCCGCCGUUGCCCGAAAGGGGGCGGUACAUGCUACCGACGAGGCCUGGGCCAAGGUGGUGGAGGCCGGCUUCAAGCGGGGCAUGUUCACGGCUGUUGAAGACUCUGUCGUCCCGCGGGACAGCCAAGGGCACUUCGUCACCAACGGCGCGGGGGCCGUCAAGAAGCUCAAGGACGGCCGAGAGGUUCAGAGGUUCAUUGCGAACCUCAUUCCGGCCAACGAGUUUCUCCUUGACCUCCCGGGCGAGCAGCACCUCCUCCCUUACGUGGCGCAGAUGUCUUUAUUCUGCCUGGAAGAGGACCAGCUCAUAAUGGUGGACUCUGAGGAUUUGACCUCAGCCUUCAACCUCUUCACCCUCCCCGAGGGCUGGUCCCGAUACUUCUCUUUCUCGAAGAAGGUGCCGGGUCGUUGCCUGGGACUGUCUCAGGAAUGGGCCCGCCCUGCUCUGCGGGUGGUGCCCAUGGGGUGGAGCUCCUCGGUUACGCUGGUCCAGGCGAUCCUCCGGAGCCUCGUCUUCAAGAAGGCUUCUAUACCCAGUGCGCUGGAGAUCAAUAAGGUCAAGCCCUUUCCCGGCAGCCACGGCGCCAUGCUCGUAUACCUUGACUCCUUUAAACGAGAUCAGAGUGGUAGAGGCCUGCCAGCGGCCAAUGGUCUUCCCCUCAAUGCGGGCAAGGCCUUGGCGGGGGCGGUCCAAGCCGGCAUCCAAGGAGGACAUCUUGACGGCGAAAGAGGGACACUUUCCUUUGCACCCGACAAGGCCCGGAAGCUAGUGAAAGCCUCACUGGCGCUGAUCGCCGAGGGGGCCUGGACCGAGCGUAUGCUCCGGCGCUGGGUGGGCUUGGCCACCUUCGCCGCGGCCUUUCGCAGGCCGCUCUUCUCAGUUCGCCUUGAAGUACCUCUCGAGGGAGGGACCUCCAGACUUGUGCCGUACCCGGCCCACCUUUGGGAGUGGAAGACUGUGGCUUCCUAUCCCUUCCGCCAAGAAGACUCCAUCACGACUUUGGAGCUGACGGCCGCUUUCUGUGAGAUAAGGCGCAUCUCACGCGGCCCGGGCGGACAGAACGUCCGCUAUUUCCACGUGCUCGACUCCCAGGCCACCUACUAUGUGCUCGCCAAAGGCCGCUCCAGCAGCAAAGCAGUGCUGCUGGUCUCCCAGAUGCAGCCCCUGGUCCUCUGGACCCUCUCUGGAUGGAACAGCGCAGAUGAGAGUCUGUGGCCAAAGUCGAGCAGAGAGCUGGAUGCCAAUCUGGCAGAAUUUGUCAACUGCCUUUUUCAAGAAGGCGAGUCCCCGGGGCAGGCAGGGUGCGCCCCAUCCGCCUUGAAGCGGUUCCUGCCUCGCCUUCGGGGCAAACUUCCCACGGCCCAGCAAUUUUACAACAACUGGUGCCGGGUCCACACCCCAGUCCGGGCGGCCCCUAUUUCGUGGGAAGUUGUUAAAGCCAUGGCUGAACUUUUGCUGCAGCUGAAGCAGCCGACCUUCGCCCUCGCGCUGGUCAUUCAUUUUCUUUGUUUUCUGCGCUCGGCGGAAAUGUAUUCCCUCACGGGGAACCAAGUCGCCUUUUUGCCAUCAGGCUACUUGGUGGCCGUGCGCAAAGUGCUCUCCGCCCUUCUUCUGCCGGAGGACGCCUUUUCUCUCUACAGCUUGCGUCGCGGUGGCGCUACUUUCCACUGGCAGCGCACUCAAAACUUUGAGGCCGCCAUGCUUAUGGGCCGGUGGCAGGAGCAACGGACGUGCCGCAUCUACUUGGAUGAAGCCCGGGCGCUGCUGCUCCAACAGGCAGCUCUCGCCAGCCGCAACGGCCGCAUCAAAUACCUUAGCUCCUUGUUUGACCGGCGCCUUCAGUCGCGACGCCCUUCUGCCCAGUGA